GUUCCACUCAGAGGGAAAGAUCUGACAACGAAGAGAGAAAUGGUUGUUCAGUAUAUAUCUGCAACUGCAAAAUCGCUGGGUUAAUAAUUUUGGCCAUGAAGGACUCGGUCUCAUGCUCGAUGCUUUGGAGAAGCUAUUGGAUAAAAAACAACAAGAAAUGAUUGAUAAAAAAAAUCAACAUAAACUCAUUCAGUGUCUGAAAGCAUUUAUGAAUAACAAGUUUGGGCUGCAGAGGAUACUGGGUGAUGAAAGAAGCUUGUUGUUAUUGGCAAGAGCAAUUGAUCCAAAGCAAACAAACAUGAUGAUCGAAAUUGUCAAAAUUCUCUCUGCAGUUUGCAUCGUUGGAGAAGAAAAUAUCCUUGAUAAAAUCUUGGAAGCUAUAACCACAGCCGCAGAACAGAAUAACAGAGAACGAUUUGCACCGAUUGUUGAAGGACUGGACAAUCAUGAAGCACUUCAAUUGCAGGUCGCCUGUAUGCAGUUAAUUAAUGCCCUCGUCACAUCUCCAGAUGACCUGGAUUUCAGGAUACACUUGAGAAAUGAAUUUUUGCGUUGUGGACUGAAAAAGAUACUACCUAUAUUGAAAGAGAAAGAAAAUGACGAACUAGAUAUUCAACUAAAAGUGUUUGAUGAAAACAAAGAAGAGGACUUCAUUGAAGUAUCACAUCGACUGGAAGACAUCCGAUCUGAGAUGGACGACAUGAAUGAAGUCUAUCAUCUAUUAUCCAAUAUGGUGAAGGACACUUCUGCAGAAACAUUUUUUCUAUCAAUCCUACAACAUCUGCUGCUCAUCAGGAAUGAUUAUUAUAUCAGACCCCAGUAUUACAAGAUAAUUGAAGAAUGCAUUUCACAGAUAGUAUUACACCGAAAUGGAACAGAUCCUGACUUUGAAUAUCGUAAACGAUUAGAUGUGGAUUUUAGUCAUCUUGUAGAUCAAUGUGUUGACAAAGAAAAAGUGGAAGAAAGUGAACAGAGAGCAUUGGAAUUUUCCAAAAAGUUUGAUGAAGAAUUUUCAGCUCGACAAGAAGCUCAGACUGAAAGUCAAAAGAAAGAUGAAAGGAUAAAAGAACUUGAAACACAAGUCCUUCAGCUGGAAGCUACGCAACAAGCAGCAUCAGCGGUAUCGUCUGCGCCCACACCUCCACCACCCCCUCCUCCACCCCUCCCAGGAGGGGUUGCUGUUCCUCCCCCUCCUCCCCCUCCACCACUCCCUGGAGGGAUUCCUCCUCCUCCACCUCCACCCCUCCCUCCAGGCAGUGGACCACCACCACCACCACCACUUCCAGGUGGCCCAGGAAUACCACCUCCUCCACCAUUCGGAGGCCCACCAGCUCCACCACCUUUGUUUGGUGCACCUAUCCGCUCAGAAGUCCCUGCGCCAUUGCCAUAUGGAUUACAGCCUAAAAAGCAGUACAAACCAGAAACUGCAAUGAGAAGAGCCAACUGGUCAAAGAUUGGACCCCAGCAAAUGACAGAGACAUGUUUUUGGGUUAAAGCAAAAGAAGACAAAUUUGAAACUCCUGAUCUUUUCUCUAAACUAAUGCUCAGUUUUGCCAAACAAGCAAAAGCAAAGAAGGAUGAAAAUCAAGUUGAGGAGAAAAAAAUUGUGCCAGCUAAAAAAAAAGUGAAAGAGUUAAAGAUUUUGGACCCCAAAACAGCACAAAAUUUAUCAAUCUUCCUGGGUUCAUAUCGUAUACCUUAUGAAGAAAUCAAGUAUAUCAUUUUAGAAGUGGAUGAAGAGAAACUCAGUGAGUCCAUGAUUCAGAACUUGGUGAGGUUUUUACCAGAGCAGAAAGAACUCAACACAUUAUCCCAGUUUAGGGAUGAAUAUGAUGACCUUUGUGAAUCAGAACAGUUUGGAGUAGUGAUGAGCACUGUAAAGUUAUUACGGCCACGAUUGAAUAAUAUUCUCUUCAAACUUCAAUUUGAGGAGUAUUUGAACAACAUCAAGCCUGACAUAAUGAAUGUAACAUUUGCAUGUGAGGAGUUAAAGAAAAGCGACAACUUCAGUAAAAUUUUGGAAUUGGUCCUGCUUGUGGGAAACUAUAUGAAUGCUGGGUCCAGAAAUGCACAAACAUUUGGAUUCAACAUCAGCUAUCUCUGCAAGCUUAAAGACACCAAGUCAGUCGACCAGAAGGUAACACUGAUGCACUUUUUAGCAGAGAUUUCUGAAGAGAAAUAUCCAGACAUCUUGAAAUUCACAGAUGAAAUAAGCCACAUAGAAAGUGCAAGUAAAGUUUCAGAUCAAAACCUCAAGAGCAGUUUGGAUGCUAUGGAGCGGCAAAUUAAGCGUCUUGAAAAUGAUAUCAAGCAAUUUUCUGAAACAGAUGAUGAGCAUGAUAAGUUUGUGGAAAAAAUGUCCAGUUUCGCCAAGCACGCAAGAGAGCAGUAUGAGAAACUUUCAAACAUGCAUGGAAAUAUGAUGAAGUUAUACAAAGGACUGGGAGAAUACUUUGUCUUUGAUUCCAACGCUGUCUGCUUAGAUGAAUUCUUCUCUGAUCUGAAAAGCUUCAGGUCCAUGUUCCUGGAAGCAUUGAAGGAAAACAUUAAGAAGAGGGAAACAGAAGAAAAGAUCAAGAGAGCAAAGUUGGCUAAGGAGAAAGCAGAGAGAGAGAAGUUGGAAAGACAGCAGAAGAAGAAACAACUAAUUGAUAUGAAUAAAGAGGGCAAUGAAACAGGAGUAAUGGAUAGCCUGCUGGAGGCCUUGCAGUCAGGUGCUGCUUUCAGGGAUCGCAGGAAGCGCACACCCAGAAAUCUCGGUGAACAUGGUCCAGCUAGCCCAACAUCCCGAUGGCCCGUUGACAAGGAAAAUAGGCGUGUUGCUUUGGAGAGAUCACGUUCCCGUCACAAUGGAAAUAUGACAUUUGCAUAAUCCCAGUGUGCCAAAGAACUGGAUUUGGAAGAUUAUUUUCCAUGGAAAGUGCUUGGAUGUCAGAGUGGUUUGUAAUAAUACUGCAGACGAUAAACUGUAAGGGCCCGAAAAGGAAUUAUGAAAAUGCUGCGUGAGACAUUGCAGAAUAAUCUCUGCAAGCCCUUAAUAAACUCUUAACUUUUGUAUUCCUACUAACUGACCUGUGAUUGGAAGAAGAUAAACUUCAUCCACAAUGUUGCAAAAUUCAUUUUAUAUUUUGUACUACAAAUAAAAAAGAGAGAAAGAAAGUGAAGGUUUGGGGUUUUAAUCUGGCAAUUUAUUCUCCUGAAUCUCUUUUGUUUUCAGUUUUCAAUUUGAAGUAGAUGUUACAUAAGUAAACUUGAAAUAACUUUCCUUUGAGGCCAUAAAGCAACCAAAGUUGAUACACCCAAUUUAUCAACUGUGGUAAAAUUGUGCUUUUUUUCUCUCUUUUGGAUGGAAUAUUUUAGGUUUCACUUCUGUCCCAGAAGGAGUAUUUUUCUUGAGCAAAUAUAUUUUCUAAUUAUGCACUUGUAUGUACUUUAUACGCAUAUUUCCAGGAAAAACAAAUACAGCUUUCUUAUUUUGUCACUGCCUGUAACAAAGCAGUAAGACUGUAUUUCAUAAGUCACAUGCAAAAUAUGUCCAUUCUGUUUAAGUGUUUUAGCAUCAUGUAGUUAUUGCACAGCUAGCUUUCCUGCAGUGGGAGCUUGUUCAUAUCCACAUUGUGCAAUAACAAUACGAUAGUACUCAUGCUUGUUUUAUAGUCAUUAUGCUUUUGAAAAUUACUUCUUAAAAUGUAUUCUAUUUAAACCAUGUUUUAAAUAAGUAUUUUAAACAUAUCUCAGCAAUUAUUUACACAUCUCAACUGCAUAUUUAAAUGAUAAGAUUAAUGUAAUACUCAUUUCAAUUUAGCAAUCACCAGUUACCUUCACUGGAGUAUACAAAUACAGAUAAUAAUUUGUAAUUAUAUUACAAAUCCCAAUCCAUUGAAGUAUAAAUGGUUCCAAGUUAAAGCAGAGGUGUGUUGUAAAUGAAUUUGCAAAUACUUAACACAGAGUUACAUAUAAAAAUAGAGUGUAUAUCGGAACUGUGACUUUAAUGUUUAAAAUAAAAUCAAUGUUAUUGGAA